AUGAAUAGUGAACAUAUUGCUGAAAUCAAGAGAUCACAUCGUAAGCGCUGUUUGACACCUCAUCAACUUGAUCUUGUGCAUUUCGAUACAUUUCAUGAGUGGUUCAAGGAGAAAGUAAAGGAGUUGGAGGCCACAUCUAACAUCUUAAAGGAUGUUAAAGUCCUCGCAAUAGGGCCGACUAACAUUGUGACAAGAUUCAAUGCGUUCGAUGUAAAUAACGGGUAUCGAUUCCGAACAAAACAAAGUGAAGAGUUUAAGGAGACACAAAAUAGUGGUGUUAUGGUCAUUUCUAAGAUUGAAAGUUACGCAAGUACAAGUGACAAUGUUCCAAAGUCUGCAAAUAUCGCAUAUUAUGGUGGAGUGAAUGAUAUUGUGGAGUUAAACUAUUAUGAAGAAUUUAAGGUUGUCUUAUUUAAGUGCGAUGGGGUUGAUGUAACUAAAGGUAGAGGAGUGAAGGAAGAUGACUUGGGUUUCACACUUGUGAAUUUCGCACGCCUGGCAGACUUUGGUGAUCGAGAACGUCAUGAGCCCUUUAUUCUUGCAGAACAAGCUCAACAAGUAAUAUUUGUGCAAGAUCCUCAAGAUCAUGAAUGGUUUGUCCCUAGGUUAAUUAAACCUCGAGACAUUUUUGAUGUGGGAGAGGAAAAUAGUGUGCAGUUUGAUACAUCAAUGCAGUGUGAUGCCACUGACUUGGCUCUCUUAGAAAAUGCUCGUGUUCUAGAAUAUGACUAUAAUGAUUGCGUAAGAAAUGGCAUCGAUGGGAUAGUGGUUGAUACGGACGCACAUUCUCAAGCUUCUCCAAAUGAUGGUGGAGCUAAUGUUGAGGGAGAAAAUGAUAUUGAAAAUGAAAGUGAUUAUGAAUAA